AUGCAGGACCCAGAAUCAGACAUCCACAACUUCUCAACCUCCCCAUCCCAGCAUCGACUGCCGACAGUUUCCGCAAUUGACGCCCUGCGAAAUAUAUCGUCCAAAUUUAAAGGAAUACCAUGCAGUCUCCCAGCUUUGGACGAAAUCCUUACAAACGAUCGCAAUGGACUCUCGACGGUUACGCCUGGGAUUCAAAGGGGCUACGUUACUGAAGUCUACGGACCACCAGGCGUGGGGAAGACCACCUUUGGCCUACAAGCUGCUAUCAAUGCAAUUCAAUCCCGCCAGGAAGAUUCGGAGGUCCUGUGGAUCGAUACAGGCUCUCCUUUUAUCGGAGAAAGACUGGAUGACAUGAUGCGUGCAUCCACAGUCCCUGCUGAGACUGAUCCCCCUUCGUCACCUCCAGUGCCUUCGAAUGCCGACAUGCUCCUUGAAGAAAACUUUACUCACCUCAGCGCCUACACGCUGCCUCGUCUGUUGACAGUCUUUUUGCAUCCUCCCCACUCCUUUCCCUCCGCAAAGACGUGUUUGAUCAUCGUCGACGACCUCUCCAAUCUCCUCCUCGGCUCAUUUUCACGAAAUCCGCGAAAUUUGAAGGUAUCCGCUCCGGCGGCCGUAAGGGAGAAGUUUGAAAAGCAAGCUGUGUCGAAACGCUUUCAAACUAUUGAGAACCUUGGAGCCGCCAUGUCGAAGAUGGCGGCCCUCAAGAACAUUGCGAUCCUAGUCCUAACGAACACGACAACGAGCUUCAGACGCCAUAAUAGGGCAACCUUGAAAGCGGCGUUGGCCAGCCAGGCUUGGGACUCUGCGGUACAUACCCGAAUUAUGCUUUAUCGUGACUUUGCCGAGGAUGGACACAGUCUCGACAUGUCAGAGAGGCAGUCAAUAGGCUUGCGUUACGCAGAAGUUCAACGAAUGGCCUGGAAAGACAUCUGCACAGGCCCGAUCCCGUUUGCUAUCCUGUCAAAGGGCCUUCUGCAAUUCAAUCCGGCCACUUCGCCCAGUCAAGGUCUAGUUGAUUCUCGCCUCACCGAUGACGUCGGAGUUUUCAAUGUUGCGAAAGAAGAGGAACGCCCGCUUCUCCCCACAGAACUCUCCCAGCCAUCCCAAAGUGAUAUGCCAGCUCAGGGCAGAAAGCGGAAAAUUAUCGAGAUCGGUGACAGCGAGGACGAGGGCGAAGAAAUCGGCACUGACGCGCCAUCAGAAUCGGACGAACCCGAGCUCCCAAUCAUGGAUUCGAGACCUCGUGCGAUAAUCGAUGAGAUGAUCCUCGAGACACACGAGACGGCACUGUUGAGAAGGAACCGCUACAUACGUAUCAGAGGCUCGGAGGACGACAUUCCCGUGCCAUCAUCGGAUUUAGCUGCGGAGGUCGACACAGCUUCACCGCCCGAUGACUACCGCCCGUGA